AUAUAACAGAUUUUUGUCCAGCGAAUAGUGUUUGUGCAUGUAAAGAUGGAAAGCCUUUUUGCAACUCUUCUUCCCCUGAUGAGUUCCUACUUAACCUUCAAGACUAAGCUCCAUCAUGUUGCUAACACAGCACUUAAACAACUCUACUGCAGUUUCUUUGAAUGCAAGAUGUCCAAAUUUCAGAGGUCAGUGGGGAAAUUACUGGUACAUGGGAGUCAAAUGUGACCAACUCUGGAACACACUGGACCUGAUUUUAGUAGCAGCAUUGCCUGGAAUAGGACUUGCUUUACUAGUUGGUGUAACAAUCCAGACUAUCCACUACUGUAAAAAGAGGUCAAAGAAGGAUACAAAUGACCACCGAGAACAGAGGCGUUUAUCAGGACUCCAACCUCAACAUAAUUCUGCUCAUGCUUUCCAUACUGCUAUGAGACCUCAACCUGAUCAAGGCCAGAAUCCCUGGAGCCCAUCCUUUCACAGCGUCCUUCCUAGAAGUCCUGUAUCUCCACCACAGCAGUCCUCUGGAAGAUAUUACAACAUGACUCAUGAACCCAAAGAAGACAGUGCUUAUAUCUAUCCAUCUGAUAACUGGGAUGGCUCUCUGGGAACAGCUAAACCUGAAGGAAGUUAUGGAGACAAGUAUUCUUUGACCCUGCACAUGAAGCCACUUUUCAAUAUGUCCACACCAGGCAUUCCAAAGUCAAGCUACAUUCAAAGAGAGAGACAACAAACUGGAUACCCAGGUUCUGAAGAGCCAGAAAUUCCUUAUAGGAUAGGACGUGUGCAGAUGAAACCCAACUAUUAAGUUUUCUGCAAAAGAAAAAUUUAUAUAUAUAUAUAUAAUCACCUAAUCAUUUUAAAAGCAUAUUUGGAAUAUUUUUAGAAAACUAUGGGUAUGAUUUACCUAUGCUAUAAAUUAUAUUUUACCUUUCUUUCCAUAUUAAUGCCAUCAAUUCUUAUAUCUUUAUAUUUUUAACUUUUAUUUUCCCCAGUCUCUCUCUAGGACUGCAACGCAAAACUUUCAUUUCCAACAUCCAACUUCAUUAACUCAGCAGGGAUGGCAAAUACGUGUUAUCUCCAAAAUUCAGCAUAACACUCGUUGAUUGAUUUAUGACAUGUAUCUUUAUAAUGUACUCAAUGAUAUGCAGAGAAGGUUGGCUGAAAAUUGGUAAUAGGGAAUAUUAAAUAGUUUUUAGUUACUGGAUAAAUCUAUGGAAUUGCACUAAAGCAUCAGCAUAUAAAUAAUGAA